CCACCAACACCCCAAAUCGCUCCCCAAGGCAACUCCACUACCAUGGCUGAGCGCCGGAAGCGCCAGCAUCCCAAGGGGCCCGCAGCGCAGCGCCGGGAGAAGCGCCGUCGAGGAGCUAUCGACGAGGUCGGUGCAGCCCAGGAACACAGGAGAUCUCUCACAGUCUUGGGUCUUCUGCGGACCGUAGUAGUGGCGGCGGGCGUGGUGGCAGCAGGAGAAGCUCAUCAUGCCCACUGCCCUCAGGAACAGGAGCCCAUCUACGAGCCCAAGCGGCUUCCGUGGGCCCAACACGAGGCGGACCUCGAUAAACGGCAAGGCUGGCGGCGGUCGUACCGCAUGGAGAAGGCCAGUUUCCACAAGCUUGUCGAGCUACUCCACUCCCUCGUCGAAACAUGCAGCCAGGGUACAGCAAUGUCUGCAUAUGCAUACAGCAGCAGUCGUUGUAUGGGAACGACAGGAAGGUACUAUGGUGACGCUGAAAUUAGUUCAGCAGUAUGAAUUGAGCGUGCAACACACGCCGGCACCGCUAAACAUUAUACAUGCCUCGUCGGGAGCCUACACAGGUUGUCGCAUCCCGCAAUGAUAGCAUACAAGAGUCGUAGUCGUGUCGACUCUUAUGCAUGUGCGAGGUUAGUUGUGUGUUCCGUGAAGAACACAGAGCCGUCUCACAACCCUAGUCGGGAGGUGUAUUGGGCCGGUACUCUGGCGAGUUUAACGAUGACAUGCGUCCUUUGACGCUGGCGAUUGCAAACACGCCCCCUUUGACACUGGUACAUAUUUCCAGACCGACACACGCUCAUCCUGCGAAAAUUAUCUGCGCGUCGCUCCGAAACCCCACAGCACUGCGAUCGCCAAUCAACGGCGCCCUAGCUGUACAAGUCCGCGUUGCCGUGGCGUUGAGGAUCCUGGCUGGCGCUAGUUACUGGGAUGUUGCCCUCAUGUUUGGCUUGUCGGUGCCGACCACGUACCAGAUCUGAUGGGCGGGGAUCGACGCCAUCAACAAGACGCCUGCGGUUGGGGCAUUCGACUUCCCCCUGACCGAGGAAGGCUGCAUGCGAAAUGCCAACAGAUUCAAGGUGAGGCCUAACGGUGGUCAUGACUGCUGCUGUGGGUUUUUAUUGGCGGCAUUCUCUUGACCAGCCGCGGGAUGUUUUUUUUUAAUGACGUCUGGCGUUUCCAGCCGUUUUAGUGUAGGGAGGCCUAUACACAGCCUUCGACGGUAACGCAGCAAAAAAAAUGUCGUCCGNGCGCGUCGCUCCGAAACCCCACAGCACUGCGAUCGCCAAUCAACGGCGCCCUAGCUGUACAAGUCCGCGUUGCCGUGGCGUUGAGGAUCCUGGCUGGCGCUAGUUACUGGGAUGUUGCCCUCAUGUUUGGCUUGUCGGUGCCGACCACGUACCAGAUCUGAUGGUCGGUGAUCGACGCCAUCAACAAGACGCCUGCGGUUGGGGCAUUCGACUUCCCCCUGACCGAGG